GUGACGCUGGAAAUUGGCGUAUGAAUUUCGAUCGGGUGUGUUCUACUUACGAAAACUGAAAACCUUGUGUUUAUUAAUGAAGAGAUGGGUUGCUUUCCCACCAAAGAAUGCUACCAGUGGUCCGCAGAUAACGAUCUAGAUCUGGACAUAACUCCGUUGCUAAACGAAAGUUCGAAAUCAGAGGGCUAUGUACAGGAUCAUCAGGAAAUGUCAACAGAUCGUGACCGGGAAAUUGAUGACAUUGAUCCAAAAUUGGAAACCCUUUUACUAAAACUUGAACAUGCUCAAGGUUUGAGAGAGAACAUUCGCCGAUGUACAUCCAACACAGAACUUGAAAACUACCGAUUAAAGGUCAUCGGUGUUUUAAAUGCCGCUACAAUUGAAAUGAGUCGCAUGUCGAUGGCUCAUAAACAAAUUGACGCGGAAAGAGUUGUAAAGGAAAUUAUGCGACUGAGAAGUGUUCUUGGAGACAGAUUUUUCGAAGAUGCAAGAAUCAACGCUUUUGGAAGAGAGAUCUCUCAGAUAGGACCUUUCCUUCUGACGGGAGGGCAAUAUUUUAAGCCCGUGAUGGUAAACGAAGACGAUGACACAAUUGUUAAACUUUUUUUCUUUGUCAUUUCGCACGCGGAAACGACGCAAGUGUUAUUUCGCUAUUAUCUCGAGCAUGCAAGUUUUCUGGAUGAAUACUUUGCUCUGGGUCUUGUUACUUCCGAAGGACAUACUCAAGUGGAAAUCUAUGGCAGCUCAUGUCCACCGUAUUGGAAAAUUCGACAAGAUGUUAUAAACGAUGCGACAAAAAGACUCCAGUCUCGUUUUGAGGAUUCAAACCAGAACGAAUUGGAGAUGGAAAGCUCUGGCGAGUAUGAUAAUCUCUCCAACUCGUUAUUUUAAAUGCCAUGGGUAUUGGAUUAUUGCGCUUCAAAUGUCCAUUUUACUCCUUCAUCAGUGAUUUUUAUCCUCAGAUGGGGGCAAAUCUAUGAGACAUCUAUUUUUCAAACUGACAAACUUUCCAAAAGUUUCCGCAGAUAUCAGUACAUUGCACCAGUCUAUAGAAUAAAUGUUUUGACUUUCUCUAAUAUACUACAAAUAUUCUCUUCAUAGAAGAGCAAGUUCAUCCGUAAAUUAUGAAAAGGUUCGAUGUGGGUCAUUUAUGAUAUUUUUCAAAUUUUUAGAAAGAAUAUAUUAAAAGUAUCAUUAUUUUUAUAAAAAAUUAAAAAUAAUCUUUAUGGAAACUGUCGAUACUUUAAUGACUUUAAUUGAAUUACGCUUCUGACCGCGAUAAUACCUGUGGUCUGUUGGUUCAUUUCAAUUUCAGAUACAUUUCCGCCCCAUCAGAUUAAAAUUGUCUUAGCAUUGCCCGUUAGGAGAUAUUUAUUGUUUCAUUUAUCACGAGGUCUAAUGUUAAACAACUCUUGAGUAAAAAUGAUAUCAAGAUGCCAGUAGCUGCAGAUUGGAUCCAUGA